AUGGCUCCUGCAAAACGUAAGAACAAGGGCAAGGGUAAGGGUAAGUCCAAACCUGAACCCGCGCAGAAGCCUGCUGGCAGCGCGCCGACGAGGAAGGGGAAAGCCAGUCCUAGUACUAGUACUAGUAAGUCGGAUACCAAAGAUGUAGAAGACCAUAAACCUCCGGCGAAACGUGCUAAGAAAGCACCAGCCAAGAAUGUGAAGGCGACCACCAAUGGACCACCUAGAAGACUGCAAGGCCGCCUGAAGAAUCUUCCAACGCUCCCACUUGAUAUGCUCUCUGAGAUUUUUAGCCAUCUUCAUCCAAAGGACCUUGUCACUCUCUCACGUGUCUCGAAGGCAUUCCGACAAAUCUUGAUGGAUAAAAGUAUCAAAUGGCUCUGGAAGCGUACAUGGAAGAGUUUCGUUGAGGUAGGGGUACCUAUAUGCCCAGAAGAUAUUGCAGAGCCUCGUUGGGCGAACCUGCUCUUUGGCGGUGCAAUCUGUCAUUCGUGCGCUGUCUCGAGGGUCAUUACGAUCGACUUUGCUUUGCGGCGUAGGAUCUGCAACUAUUGUCUCAAUGAAUACCUUGUGGACUCAGUCGAGGACGAUCCGGAGGUGCGCAUUACUUCGAAAAUGAUGGAUGAUCUGAUGAUUGUCUGUCUGCCGUGCGCACAAUUCAAUCCUCGGGAUGAGAAGGGAGUGGUGUUAGAAGGCGACUUUUGGUGGGACGAGGACGUCAUCAAGCUCAAGGACGAAGUCGAAGUUCUCAUUCGUGAUGUUGCGACCGAAGAUAUCGACACAGUUCUGGAGAGUUUCAAACAAUCAAAGGAGAUCGAAGCGGCAAAAUUUUCUUCACACGCGGAGGAAUGUAGCCAGUGGUAUGAUCGCACGCAGAAGGAGCGCUACCAUGCAAAGAAAAGGAGGAGCCAACAGCGAUAUUUAGACAUCCGGGACCGUUGUCUUUCUUUGGGGUAUGAGGUGAGGGACGUUGCUACCGUUGCUGAGCAUCCCAGGGUAUGCUCUGAUAUACCAUUGACCGAUGCGUCUUGGGCCCGCACUUUUCCUCUCAUCCAAGCUGAUUUAGAUCGGGCCAAAGACUCAAGGCUUGCACGUCGACAGCAGAGGCGCGAUGCAUGUUGGGAAAUCCUUGCUUCUGGGCUGAAAACUUAUCGUCAAAAAUUCAUCAAAGUAGACGCCGCGUGUCUCCCUCAGAACGAGGAUAUCAACGAAUUCAAGAAGCUGCGUGAGUGGAUCGACGACAACGAAGGAAUUCCAACGAGCGCCGACAGGGCUUAUCGCUUCCUCAAGUCGAUGGCCAAUGAGCUCAACGCCUGGGGUGCACAGAGGAGGGCCAGUAUUCUUGCUCUCAAUGGUUUGAAUAAUUCGGGUUUGGAACUCGCGACGACCGUGUUCUCCCGUUCGCGCUCGAGUUUCCCGUCGCUCGUACUCCUACACGAGGAGGAAGUAUUUUCCUGUCGGGGCCCAAUGCCCAAGGACCUGCCUACCCUGGACACUACGGCACAGGCCGCCGUUUUGUCGAUCCUGGACAUACUCAAACUUGAUCGCGUCACGACUACUAAAUGGGCGUUGGACUGCCUCAAAUGUGAAUUCCUCUGUCUGAACUGUCCAGCAGAGCUCCCCAGACGACAAGGUCGCCAUAAGUUCCAUCAUGAACCGAGAAUACCCCUGACAUGGAGAAACGCUGUCAACCACCACUUGGCCUGGUCCCAGGUAAAGCAGGCGGGUCACGACGUUCCACGAUGGGAACUCCUAGAAGAGGACGCGAAGGAUGAUGCCCAUAGCGGGUCCGAAGAUUAUGCUUCUGAAGAUUCCGAGUAACUUCGUGCUUCAAAGCUUCAAGCCGGGGCCGCGAUUUGCCCUAUUCGGUUCAGGAUUUCCAGGCAGCGCGUCAUCAUCAAUGUUACAAGAAUAGUAGUUGGCAUCCGAACAUUUCCUUCCCGAGAUGGGUUCAGUUCGUGUAGUAGACGUUCAAUAUCCGCGUGUUUGUUGUCUACAGUCCGGCAUUUGAGAGCCUGUCUAUCAAGCGUAUUCUUCACUUCAUUUGUACUAUUUACACACAGAGAAUAUUCAUUCUGAG